UCUAUUUCAGUGAAGGAAGCUGGAAGAGACUUCACCUAUUUUAUCGUGGUGCUUGUAGGAAUUGGUGUUACAGGUGGUUUGUUCUAUGUGAUUUUUAAAGAGCUAUUCUCUUCUUCUAGUCCAAGUAAGAUCUAUGGAGAUGCCUUGGAGAAAUGCAGAUCUCACCCUGAGAUAAUUGGUGUUUUUGGUGAAUCUAUUAAAGGUUAUGGGGAGACAACAAGAAGAGGAAGACGACAGCUUGUCAGUCACAUUGAAUACAUAAAGGAUGGACUGAAACACAUGCGUUUGAAGUUCUAUAUUGAGGGCACUGAAUCAGGGAAGCGGGGAACAGUCCACGUGGAAGUCAAAGAGAAUCCUGAGAGAGGAAGAUUUGAGGUCCGCUACAUAUUUGUGGACAUCGACACCUAUCCUAGAAGAACCAUUGUCAUAGAAGACAACAGAUAGCUGACAAUCAAAGUUUCUGCCUCACCUCAUUGAGUAUUGGAUGAUGCUGGUGUAGCCAGUCUAUACAUGAAUUGUUUGGUGUUCUCGAUUGAUUCUUGUGGCUUUGGGGUUGUGUUACAGGACGUACCUUCUCAGGGCAUCCAUUAAGGUCUGUCAUAAUAACAGAUUACAGGAUUUGAAGUGAAGCCAAUGAAAAACAGUAGAGCCAUCACUUAUGGCAAAUACUUUUGACAUAGGAAAAUAAUGGCUCAUAAUAAACAGUUUGAUGCUGGAUAAUACUUCUACACACCCAAAAACAGUCUUCCAAGAUCUUAGGUUUGGAUGGGGAGUUUUUUUGCCUUCCUUUGCUUGGGUUUCCCACUAGCACUGCAAUAAAGAAAGUUGUAUUUUAGACAAACUCACUGUUUUCGUUCUGGAUGCCUUGGUGUAGAUAAGGAGGUAAAAUAAGAACGUCUGUUAGUGAUGCAAAGGGGAUCUAGCCCAAAGGCAUGUAAGAAAAAGGAUUGUAGAGACACGCAUCUGUGGCAAAUGACCAAAGAUAAAGACCUCACUAUUGAUACCUUCUAAAGAGAUUAACAGCACACAGAACGGCAGUACUGUCUGCCCCUUCCAAUGUUUGCCAUGCUGCAACAAAUGACAGUGUUGCAGCUUCUCAGCACUGCCCGCAGUUCUUCCAUCAACUUAAUCUAAAUCUUGGAAUCGGAUUCAUACUGGUUUACCCAAACUCAAAAGCUCAGCUCAUGACUAAAUUCUCACCUGGGUUUCUUCCUUAGUGCAACAUGGCAGAUAGUAAGCAUAACCCUGUGUAUUAAUAAUCAGACUCAGUUGUGCCCAUCUGUCAAGCAGCACCAACUAAAAAAUUUCAAAGUUUAGGUUCUUACAUUUAACCGCUUGAGCUUUUUAGUUCACUAGUUAAUUAUCCCUACAUUAAGCACACACUUAUGUUCAGUUAUCAGCCCUUAUUAUGAGUUCAUGUAAUGGUAUGUUUGGACUGUUCUAAAGUUCAUACAAUAUUCCCUCAUACAGUGCCACAAAUAUCAUAUACAGACCUUCAGUAGUACAUUACUGGGCUUUAGCCAUCCUGUUCGUCUGUCUCCCCAUAAUCUCAUUUGCAUAAUCAUAACAACUAAACAUAAUACUUUGUUAAACCUGGAUAAUUCUGCUUUAUAUUAAGCUCUACAACCUUAACUUCAGUCAGAUCCUCAUAUUGUUCAAAAGUAUUUAAUGAAGAGGAAUCCCACAUUCAUCACAGUUUGUGAGCAGAGCAGCAACCAAUGUCAAUCUGAUGAUUCAUGAAAUUCUUUUCAUCCCUUGAUGCUUGUCAAAAGUAAGAAGCCCACAAUUUUCCACAUAGUCGGAAGCUAUGGAAGUCUGUGUCAGUGGCUCCCUGUUGUAAGAAUGAGAAAUGGUUGUGGCGCUUGAUACAUCACCAUGAAGUAACGGUGAAAAACUUAUUUUUACUCACAGUUACUGAUGUCAUUAAUGUCCAUCUGGAAAGGUGUCUUUAAAUAAUGAAAGCAAUUGACUCCUUUUGUUCUUCGUGUUAUUUUCUUGAAAGCAGAAGAGUCAAUAGCACCUUUUGACUUAUGACUUCCCAAUUCUUAGCAUGACACUUGCCAAAGCUUUUGUUUCAGAAGACGUUUUCAAACCAGUCUAAUUGAUCUAUAACCCAGUAAAAAAAAAGGAAGAAAAUACCUGAAUCCCUCAUUGUUUCAUUGCAGCCUGGUGCAGUACUGACUGAUAGCGUUACGUGCCACGUUUACCUGCCACCACUUACAUCCAGUUGCUAUAAGCAUGUGUCAUACGUACCAUGGUGGUUACUGAAAACCACCUCUGCAAGCGUUUUGUCAUGAAUGGAAGGCAGAGCAGGUUUGUCAGAGCACAUCAGAAAUUUUGCAAGCUAUAUAAGUUUAUAAUCUAAGAUUACUAGCCUUAAGCCCUUACUAUACCUUGAUAAAAAUAUAAUCAUUCUUCACCUUUUACCAAGCAAGACUGUAUAAAAAUACACAGUUUAAACUAGAAAAUGUAAUACUAUUUUUGCCCUUCCUUUCUGAGUUUCUACCAUAUCAAGCUGCCUGAAAGCCAUUGUAAACCUCCAUGUCAACAACAGAACUGACAGGCUGGGUUUUUCCUGUCCCAGCUUUGCUUUCUUAUUAAUCCAGCUGUGGCUGGUUUUCAGUGGACUUCGCUGCUGGAGAAAGGAGUACUUCCUAAAGUGAGAUGUAAAAAACAUUUUUUUUACAGUAAAUGGUGUAGGUACAGCAAAGAGGCCAGCUGUUAGGUUUGCUUUUGUCUUGUUUUAGAGCCUUGUUUGCACUGAAGAAAGAAACUGUCAGGACUAGAAGCUUUUUGGGAAAGACAGGAUGAUGACCUCACAUAAUGAUGUUUUUCCGACAGUGCAGGUAUGUGAAAUUCCAUGUCAAGCUAAAACAGCAAGAAUUGGCCAUUGGGGUUAAUGUGUAUGUCUGGCUUCAGCUUAAGAAGACAGACUAAGAAUUUGAUUAUUUGAAACCAGAUUUAUUUAUGGCUUUUUUUUCAGUAGCAAGGACUUCCUAACGUAUGCAGAAAGAUAAUGUAUUUCAAGAGUUGUGUGAAAGAACUGUUUGGAAAUCAGAUCCGUGGUUGUUUGGUCCCUUUGAGACAUCAGAACAGAAUUUUUUAAAGCUGCCUGUAAAGCUGUCAGUACCACACAUCUUACACUAAGUGCCCCUGUCACACUUUAGCAUUUGCAUCAGGCCUCAAUAUCGUGCUCCCUAGCCGGGAAUAAAUGCUACAAUUACAGGUGUCAGGAGGAGUCUUAGCAAAGCCAACCCAAUGAUUCUGUCUGGCCCUUUGGCAACCAGUCCAGACCUGUAUGAGAAAAAAGGAGGCAGACCAAAACUGCCAAUAAGGAGGAGACAUGAGUAUAAUUUAACAGACAUGGAUGGAUGUGGAGUUGUCCACAGUGCCAAUUGACCUUCGCAAUUUCUCCGUGAUGCUAUGACUGUCUAAAAACAAAGUACAGGCCUCUGUUUUAUACACUGCAUUUCCAGAAACUGAAGAAUCCAGAGAAACAUCUCAGGGGAUUAGGUUAACGUGGCACCAAUAUGACAGGGUUAUAAAUAAAAUGUUUCUCGUCCUGUACUUACACGGUACCCUGUUACCAAAACGCUAGCUAAAUGCGACAGUGAGGGAUGGGCAUACAUGGACAAAAUGUUCAGGAAGCUAAACAGUAGUGAGGUCUUCACUGGUGUCUCUUUAAGAAAACUAUCUAGCCAUAAAUAUCCUUAACCUUCAAAAUGUUCUGAAAAUCACAAUAUUCCAUUUAAACUUCACUCCUUCCCGU